AUGGAGCAGGCAGCGGUCAACCUGCUCAGCACGCUCAAGCGACCAGCAGCCCCGUCCGAGGCCAAGAUCAACGCCCUAAACGCGCUCAAAUCAGACAUCAAACACUACAGAGUCCCCGAACCUGCCCAAGCGACCAUCUUCGAAUGCAUCAAGCUUGCCAUUACCCAGCAGGCAUCGUCAACGCUCACGAGCACCGCGCUGUCGACCCUCGGACACUUGCUAAAGCGAUUGAAGAUCCAGGACAGCACCGGCCAUGCCAUCACCACCUUUGCGCCCAGGCUGUUUCCAGCCCUCCAGGACCGCCUGGGCGAUCUGCGCGAGUCGGUGCGCACGGCGACCGCUCAGGCACUCUGCGACUUAUAUCCAUUCCUAGCCAGUGAUGUGGAGCAGAUUGUGCGCGAAGAGGCUAUAGGAGGCUCUAAUGCGCGCGCGAAGGAGGCUGGCAUGAGAUGGGUCGUCAAGAUGCACAAGGAGGAAGGCAUGCCGUUCAAGAGCUAUACGCAAGCAUUGGUCGCACGACUGGAAGACGCCGACGGGACUGUGCGAGAGGCGGCGAAGUCAGUAGUGAUUGAGCUGUUUAGUGAAGCACCUGCCCCGGCCAAGAAGGAUUUGCAGCGACAACUCAAGGCGUUCAACGUUCGCCAUUCCAUCGCGAGCCAAAUCCUUGCAGCCAUUGGGUCAGAAACAAGUGGCUCGAGGCCACAGACCGCCGCCAAUCCACAACCUUCGCCGCAGAUGACUGCUUCAACACGAUCUCUGCCGACCGUCGACCAUGCCGCUCUCCUCGCAGAGAGUAUCAAUAGCGAAGCUGCAAAGCCGCCACCGCAGGAGAUUGUUCCAAUGGAUCCCAUAUACGUCGAUUCGCGAGCAGAACUAGACGAUAUAUUCCAGGACAUGCGUCCACACUUUGAGGGCAAAGAGACCGAGCACAAUUGGAUGCCUCGUGACAAGUCCAUUACAAAGCUUAGGCGGAUACUGAAGGGCAAUGCACCCAACGAGUAUCAUCAUAACUUCAUGGCAGGAAUCAAGAGUCUCGUGGAAGGCAUUAUUAAGGUCUCAAGCUCGCUACGAACCACCAUGUCCACCAACGGCUGCCAGCUCGUUCAAGAGCUGGCCAAGACUCUCGGCCCAGCACUGGAUCCACACGUUGAGAUCUUCCUGCAGACAUUCAUCAAGAUGAGCGCAGCGACAAAGCACAUUGCAGCUGAAAACGGCAAGACAACAUCAAACGAGAUCUUCCAAAAUUGCUCCUACAAUAUUCAGAUGAUGCGGCACAUUUGGUUGGCGGCACAAGAAAAGAAUGUACAAGUGCGUCAGUGUGCGGCAGUCUGGUUGACGACCGUGUUGAAGCGGCAAUCGAGCUACAAGAGCAGUUUUGAGAGCUCUGGAGGAUUAGAACUUGCGGAGAAGUCCAUCAAAAAGGGUCUCGAUGAUGCAAACCCAAAAGUGAAAGAGGCGACGCGCGCAACGUACUGGACUUUUGCGAAGACAUGGCCGGACAAGGCACAAAAGAUGAUGAAUGAUCUGGAUCCCAAAUCGAAAUCAGCGUUGGAAAAAGACCCCAACAACCCAAAUGCAGCUCUGCACGCGUCAGUCAGCACAGCUUCUACGACUUCGAGAGCGGGCGGCACCGCAAGUAGGACAGCACUGCGAGACAUGAUGGCCGAGAAGAGAAGAGCUGCUGGCAAGCUACCUUCGCGGCCAAAUUCAGCCAUGGCAGACCUUUCCCCAGCGAAACAAAGAUCCACGCCAGUCUCCAAUGGCACAAGUCGCGGACCAUCGAACUUGUCAAAAGUGACCAAUAGGCACGUGUCGACUACCUCUAAUGCGUCUACCGCAGAGGCAGCCGAGCCUUCUACUGGCGCAAAGAAGGGCAGUAGUCUCAUGUCUGGACCUGUACGACGGCCACGACGACCAGAAGUGGCCAGACCUCAGACCGCAGAUCCUUACGCCUCGCGAAGGAUGUUACGACCUGUGACUCCAGCUUCUAAUGGAAGUCCCUUUGGAAGUCCAGAGAGAGGCACUGGCGCAUCAAAGGCAUCGACUGUGGCUUCGAGCGUUAUUAGGAACAGAGCGAAGACCUCGGAGACUGCCGCGGGAAAUUCAGCGAGAGGGAGUCCUGUGAGAAGUCCGGUACUUUCUCGAGAUCACAUUCAGCCUGCUACAAGCUCACGGCCCACGAGCAAAGGUAGCGAAACCAUGAACAGCAUUCGAGAGGGCGACUUGACCAUGGUCAUGCCGAAAGGUGUCACAACGAACAGAGGAAAUUUCUCUCCUGGCCACAAGCGGUCUGGCCUCGGAGAGACCAAAUCAGUCGACAGUGGCAUUCCGGCCAUGAAUGAGGACGAGGGCUUCACAAUGGUAAUGCCUAAUCUGCCUCAUCUGCCACGCGCACCAUCACCUCUCGCUUAUCGCAGUCCCAUCAAGGACAUGUUUGCUGAGGCUCGCAUGAAAGGCAAAUUGUCGCCUGAAGCACAGCGUCUUGUGUCCCACAGUCGAUCAGCCAGUCAGGAAGAAGAAGAAGAAGAAGAAGAAGAAGAAAAAGUCAACGGGGAUGUGCCUCAGGGCGGUCCUGUCAGGAGCAUAGAUGAAGUCCAAAUCUACGAGGAUCCCUUUACUGAGAACACGACCCAGGCCGAUGCUGAUGAGGACCGGAAAGUGCUCGGGGAGUUACCUCUCAACGAGAACAACCGACCCCGAAGUCCUACGCAAAGCGUUGGCUCUAGCAGUAACAGCCCUGGUAGUCCUCGGCAAGCGGCAACUGCAUGCGCACCUCCAGCAGUGAUGCCUCAAGAUCGCGCUGAAGUGAUGAGGAACCGGCGACUACUUUCUUCUGGCAUCGAGCGGAUCCGCACCAAGACACUAGACGCGCAUGGUUUUCGCCGAGUGCAGGAUCUGGUCAAGUCAAAGACCGAUAUCUGGGAGGGUGGCAAGAGGUUCGAUGAACUAAUGACAGUUCUGCUUGACUACCUGCAAACAUUCGCGCAAGACCCGAAACUCAGCCAACUUCCUGCAAGUAAGAUUGCCGGUCUCAAAGCUCAAGCACUCGGCGUUGUGCGUGCUUUGCUGACAUUGUACCCCAAGUACGCCACUUCAUGGUACGACAAGGCGCUUGUUGCGGUCUUGUCAACUCGGGAAGGAAUCGAUGACAACAGGCAUCUGAUCACCGACAUGCGACGGACUGCCGAUGAGAUUGUGGCGAAAGCAGCUCCCGAGCGAUGCAUAGACGCAGUUCUUGAUGUGCUGCCGGAAAAGUCAGAUGGCACAUCGAAAUCAGUUGCCAUGGACAUCCUCACGCUGCAACGACUUGUGUCUCGAAGCAAAGAGUCGGGACUGGAGCUCGGGGAGGAACGGCGAGCACGGCUCGCUCAGACGGCGGCGCGAUUCCUGAACGAUAGCAACUCGGAAGUACGGAAAGUAGAUGUGGACUUUGCAAGCGAGUUGUUUGAUAUUUUCGAAGCAUCGAAGACGGCAUUCUGGAGCGAGUUCAAGGGUUCUGACGAGGGAAGACUGGGGCUUCUCACGUAUUACAUCGCUAAGAAGGGUAAAGAGACAGGCCAGUAAUACUGGUGUGCAGAGGGAGCAGGAGGUAGAGGAAAGGGUUUGGCAUGUACUUCGGGUCAUUGCAUGAGAUUCUCAAGGAAAGCGUCGGCGUUGGUGAGAAAGGGACGAGGCGAGACAUUUUCGUAUUUGAUUCGACGGCAUGAGGUUCGGAAGUUACGCUUCUUGGAUGUACGGAUACCCACCAAAAUACCAUUGUCAGAAUAUGUUUG